CAGAGAGCAGAGGUGGCGCAGAGAGAGGCAGAGGCCUUAAAGGAACAGCUCUCAUCACUCAACAAAUCUCUUCAGCAUGCCCCACAGACGCAGAAACCGCCUGAUACUACGCUGGAGGGAACGGCACGCUCCAAUAUGGAGGUUGAACUUACGGCAAAGGAGAGGGAAAUUGCUCAGCUUGUGGAAGAUGUACAGAGGUUACAGGCCAGUCUUACUAAACUUCGAGAAAAUUCUGCCACUCAAAUAUCGCAGCUUGAGCAGCAGCUGAACACCAAGAACAACACUCUUAAGCAACUUGAAGAAAAACUGAAAGGGCAGGCUGAUUAUGAAGAAAUAAAGAAGGAGCUCAACAUUCUGAAGUCCAUGGAGUUUUCCCAAUCUGAAGGACCAGGCGGUCAGGAUGCAUCGAAACCAUUGGAGGUUUUGUUGCUGGAAAAGAACCGCUCCCUGCAGUCGGAGAACGCCACGCUGCGAAUUAGCAACAGUGACCUGAGCGGGUCAGCCAGGAGAAAAGGGAAAGACCAGCAUGAAACUCAGCGCCCUGCAACCUUGCCGGCCUCCCCUCCCUCUCAGUUGCUCCGCAAUGCAGGGGAGCAGGCUUCCAAUACUAAUGGUACACACAAGUUCUCACCAACGGGUUUAAACCAAGACUUUUUCAGCUUAUCCAUUGCAAGCCCUUCUUUGCCCUUGGCCUCCACUGGGAAAUUUGCACUAAAUUCACUUCUCCAGCGACAGCUUAUGCAGUCCUUCUACUCCAAGACAAUGCAGGAAGCAGGAAGCACAAGCAUGCUUUUCUCAACAGGUCACUUCAGCACAAACUCCAUAUCUUCCCAAAGUCCACUGCAGCAGCCAAGCCCGGAUGUAAAUGGCAUGGCUCCUUCACCGAGCCAGUCCGAGAGCGCUGGAAGCGUCUCAGAAGGUGAAGAAAUAGACACUGCAGAAAUUGCACGCCAAGUGAAAGAGCAGUUGAUCAAGCACAAUAUUGGGCAACGUAUCUUUGGACAUUAUGUACUGGGAUUAUCACAAGGGUCUGUGAGCGAGAUCCUGGCCAGGCCCAAACCUUGGAAUAAAUUAACUGUACGAGGGAAGGAGCCUUUCCACAAGAUGAAGCAGUUCCUGUCUGAUGAGCAGAACAUCCUUGCACUACGGAGUAUACAAGGCCGACAAAGAGAGAAUCCAGGCCAGAACCUGAACAGACUGUUUCAGGAGGUACCGAAAAGAAGAAAUGGGUCUGAAGGAAAUAUUACCACACGGAUAAGAACUUCAGAGACAGGCUCAGAUGAAGCCAUUAAGUCUAUUCUAGAACAAGCCAAAAGAGAACUGCAGGUGCUAAAGACUGUUGAGCCGGCUCAGCCCUCUUCAGCAUCUAGCAGUGGUAAUUCUGAUGACACUAUUCGGUCCAUUCUACAACAAGCAAGACGAGAAAUGGAAGCCCAGCAAGCUGCUUUUGAACCUGCCUUAAAAACGGCAUCUCUGUCCCAAGCUGAUCUUGCCAUCAUUUCUCCAAAACUUAUCUCUACCACUGCAGUCUCUUCAGUGUCUAGUUACUCUCCCUUAACCAUGUCACUGAAGAAACACACACCCGUUCUGGACUCUGGCAUCUCUACCUUACAGAGCCUUUGUAGUGUAAAAAAAGAGCCCCAAGAGACGUCAAUGUUAGACAUUCAUAGCAUGACUGAAUCUACGCAGGGAAUGCUAAGGCAUGUAAAAAAUGAGCUGGGACGAGGUACUGCAUGGAAAGACCAUUGGUGGAACACUGUUCCACACGACAGGAGGACCACAGCACCAAUUGAAGACACAAAAGUUGAAGAGUCCAACUGCACAAAGGAGAAACUUAUCACUCAGAACAGGCCAGACCGACAAGGGCCCUCGUCUUCUUCUGAGUACUGGAAGGAGUGGCCAAAUGCUGAAUCUCCGUAUUCGCAGAGCUCAGAAAUCAGCAUGACAGGAGCCAGCCGCAGUGAAACACCCCAGAACAGUCCGUUGCCUUCAUCUCCAGUUGUAUCUAUAACCAAACCAAGCAAACCAUCUGUCCCUCCACUAACUCCUGAACAGUAUGAGGUGUACAUGUACCAAGAGGUGGACACCAUAGAGCUCACCCGCCAAGUUAAAGAGAAACUUGCAAAAAAUGGAAUCUGCCAAAGGAUAUUUGGUGAAAAGGUGCUGGGCCUGUCACAGGGCAGUGUCAGUGACAUGCUAUCCAGGCCGAAACCCUGGAGCAAGCUGACCCAGAAAGGCCGGGAACCAUUCAUUAGAAUGCAGCUAUGGUUGAACGGGGAGCUUGGGCAGAGCGUCUUGCAGUCACAAGGACAACAACAAGGACAAGGUACUAUAAAUAAAACUUUGUGUGAGCCUUGCUGUACACCACCUUAUUUUCCUCUUUUACUCUGUUUAAAGGGAUUUUGGCAGCAGGCAGUGAUAUAG